AUGUCUUUCUCGUUUCGUCAAACCAUACCGACUACUCGAGCUAGCAAAGAUGAUAACCUGUUUGCAGGGAAAUCAGUAUUACGAGCUGACGAAAAGAAAAAGACAGACGCCGCACCCAAGAACAGCGCUCUUCAAGCGUACUUGGCCAAGAACUAUGCCUGCGGGGACUCAGGAGACGGCGCCCAAGCAAUGAAGCGCAAAAAGAAAAAGAAAGCUGCGCCGGAAGCGGGCGGUGCCGUCCGGAUUGUGGAUCAGGACGUGUCGGGGUUUAAUACGGUGGACCCAACGGGACGGGGUACGCUCACCGGGAAGCGGACGAACGUGGGAGAAGAGGACACAGAGGAUGACGAAGCCCCUACAAUUGCUAACCCAGAAGAGGCCGCGGCGUUGAUUAAACAAAUUGAAAAGGUCAAGACUGGCUCUGGAUGGGUUUCGGCAGCGGAAACCCAUGCCAGGCUGCCUGCUGGGCCUGGCAGACGCUCUACCAGCCCGGACGCGUCGCCGCCACGGCGGCGGCAACGGCACGACAGCCCGGACGCAUCGCCGCCACGGCGGGGCACCAUACAGGACGCAUCGCCGCCACGUCGGGGCACCAUACAGGACGCAUCGCCGCCACGGCGGCGGCAACGGCAGGACAGCCCGGACGCAUCGCCGCCACGGCGGCGGCAACGGCACGACAGCCCGGACGCAUCGCCGCCGCGCCGGGGCACCGUACAAGACGCGUCGCCGCCACGGCGGCGACAACGACGCGACAGCCCGGACGCAUCGCCGCUGCGGAGAGGCGCCGUACAAGACGCAUCGCCGCCACGGCGGCGGCAACGGCACGACAGCCUGGACGCAUCGCCGCCGCGUCGGGGCACCGUACAGGACGCAUCGCCGCCACGGCGGCGACAACGGCACGACAGCCCGGACGCAUCGCCGCUGCGGAGAGGUGCCGUACAAGACGCGUCGCCGCCGCGGCGGCGGCAACGACAUGAUAGCCCGGACGCAUCGCCGCCGCGCAGACCCCCGGGACCGGGGCCGUCCUCUGGCGCGGGCCCUCCUGCUCGUAUGGGUGACGGAACCGCUGCGGGCCUGGUCACAGCGACACAGCUAGCGGCGGACAUCCAGAAGCAGCGGCAGGAGGCAGAGGAGCGCAGGCGCAACGCUGAGGGCCGUGGUGCGCAAACGGUGUAUCGAGACAAGGCCACGGGGCGGGUGAUGACGGCUGAGGAGGCGCGCCAGGCCAAGGAGGACGAGCGGGCGGCCCGUAGGAAGCCCAGCAUCUACGACGAGGACCAGACGUUGGAGUGGCGGGCGGGUCUGGCACAGAAGCGGCAAGCGGAGGAGCGGAUGCGGGACAUGCAGGAGGAGGCCAGCAAGCCCUUCGCCCGGGGGGACGUGGACAGCUCCCACGACGCUGCGCUUCGCAACCAGGUCCGCUUCGGGGACCCAUUCGCCCACCUGGCGCGUCGCAAGCAGUCGGCAGCGGCGGCAGCGGCGGCGGACGCACCGCUGACGGAGCGAUACGACCUUGACAAGCUCAACAAGUCAGGCUUCAAGAUCCCGCAGGAGGUUCCUGUGCACAGCUGGCUGAAGCGAGGUGUGGCAGCCCCGGCCAACCGCUACAAUAUCCGCCCCGGUCGCCAUUGGGAUGGAGUUAACCGCAGCAACGGCUUCGAGGCGGAGCUAUUCAAGCACCAAAACGCCCGGGCGGCGAAGGAGCUGGAGGCGCGGCUGUGGAGCAUGGGCGACAUGUAG